AUGGCGCAGGAGAACGCCGCCUUCUCGCCGGGGCCCGAGGAGCCGCCGCGCCGCCGCGGCCGCCAGCGCUACGUGGAGAAGGACGGCCGGUGCAACGUGCAGCAGGGCAACGUGCGCGAGACGUACCGCUACCUGACCGACCUCUUCACCACGCUCGUGGACCUGCAGUGGCGCCUCAGCCUGCUCUUCUUCGUGCUCGCCUACGCGCUCACCUGGCUCUUCUUCGGCGCCAUCUGGUGGCUGAUCGCCUACGGCCGCGGCGACCUGGAGCACCUGGAGGACACGGCGUGGACGCCGUGCGUCAACAACCUCAACGGCUUCGUGGCCGCCUUCCUCUUCUCCAUCGAGACGGAGACCACCAUCGGCUACGGGCACCGGGUCAUCACCGACCAGUGCCCCGAGGGCAUCGUGCUGCUGCUGCUGCAGGCCAUCCUGGGCUCCAUGGUGAACGCCUUCAUGGUGGGCUGCAUGUUCGUCAAGAUCUCGCAGCCCAACAAGCGCGCCGCCACGCUCGUCUUCUCCUCGCACGCCGUGGUGUCGCUGCGCGACGGGCGCCUCUGCCUCAUGUUCCGCGUGGGCGACCUGCGCUCCUCGCACAUCGUCGAGGCCUCCAUCCGCGCCAAGCUCAUCCGCUCGCGCCAGACGCUCGAGGGCGAGUUCAUCCCGCUGCACCAGACCGACCUCAGCGUGGGCUUCGACACCGGCGACGACCGCCUCUUCCUCGUCUCGCCGCUCGUCAUCAGCCACGAGAUCGACGCCGCAAGCCCCUUCUGGGAGGCGUCGCGCCGCGCCCUCGAGAGGGACGACUUCGAGAUCGUCGUCAUCCUCGAGGGCAUGGUGGAAGCUACGGGAAUGACGUGCCAAGCUCGGAGCUCCUACCUGGUGGACGAGGUGCUGUGGGGCCACCGCUUCACAUCAGUGCUGACCCUGGAGGAUGGCUUCUAUGAGGUGGACUAUGCCAGCUUCCAUGAGACCUUUGAGGUGCCCACCCCCUCUUGCAGUGCCCGGGAGCUGGCUGAGGCUGCAGCCCGCCUUGAUGCCCAUCUCUACUGGUCCAUCCCCAGCCGGCUGGAUGAGAAGGUGGAAGAGGAAGGGGUGGGGGAGGGGGCAGGGGGAGGGGCUGGAGUUGACAAAGAGCAGAAUGGCUGCCUGCCACCCCCAGAGAGUGAGUCCAAAGUGUGA